AUGAGAUACGUACUCUUUUCUCUAAGCGCGUUCGUGUUCUACGCCAUUUUCUAUUUUUCGUAUAUCAAUGGCCUCGAUGCUCUGGGUCGCGAAUCCAUCGAGUCGGGCAAGCUCCCAGGUGUGAACGAGCCUUUGCGGACAGUAUACACAGGGGUUGAGCCUGUCGACCAUCUCUUGACUCUCCUGACUACAUUCUUCUACCCGUCUUUGGAUGGGCAAAAUCCUGGACUCUUGCUCCACAGUAUUGGAUUUUCCGGUACUUUCGGAGCGACAUGGACUUUGGUUGUCUUGGAAUCAUGGCGAAAGGGAAACGCCGGAACAGUUGCAGCCUACCCGUUGAUCUUUGGUCUCAUAGCCCAAGUGCUCACUUUCGCUUUCGCAACCCCCUUGAUCCUGGGUCUUCAGCUCGGCUGCUCAAUCACAGCACGCCGUCCCCACGCAGACAACAUUCGGAUUCCGCGCGCAGUCCUCGCAGUUUUACCAUUGAUUUUUGUUGUUGGCUUCAUGGUUCCAACUAAUAUGAUGGUUUUGCCUGCUCCUUCUGUGAUUUCGGUGGACUUUAAGCAAAUCGCAAUUGCCAUCUGGCAGCCCUGGCCUGCAUAUGUUUCAAUUCUCAGCACUGCCGCAUACUACGUUCUGUCUCCGUUUUUCUCAGUCAACCACCGUGCUUCUAUGUCCAGUCUGCGAUGGGUCUACGCAUUUGCCUUCAUCAAUGCAUCGCUGUCGCACUUGGUAUCGUGGAUUGUGUCCUUGGCCACUGUUGCCGUACCCAUGUUGUUCGAAAAGCGUUUCUUGGAAGCGCUCCAUCCAGCCAACGUAUUCUUCAUUCCGCUUCCCUGGUCUGGACUGACGGUUGAUAAUCUUGGACAUGGUGUUCAUGCCUUCCUUAGGUGGGACUACAUGAUCGGGUCUGCUGGUGUUCUGGUUUGGGCUAUAUCGUUGUAUUCCGUUGCCCACAAACAAAUACUCAGCACUGUCUCCUGGCCCAGCCUCCUGUUUAAGGUUGCCCUGCUGACUGUUCUUGCUGGACCUGCCGGUGCUGCGGUGGAGUUGAUCUGGGAGCGGGAUGAGCUGGUGUUCUCCGAGACGGGUGGUAGCAAACAGCAGGUUUCCAAAGCUAAAAAGUCGACAUGA